CGCCGAGUGCGACUCGCUCCAGAAGCCACCUUGGGUUCUCACUUCCAGAAAUGACGUUCGGGAACAACUAUCUGACCCUGGAACAUCGAACGUCGGCCUGGAAAUUGACGUUUGAUGCUAGAGGCGCGUUGAUGGGAGUCAGGGGCGGCGAACUACAGGAUGGAGACGGUGGUGUCAAAGUUGGAUAUGCCGAUGCCUGGUUGAAGAGCCGGUGAGGCGAUAGACGGCAUCGGCCCAACUCACAGUCAUUGAGUCUAUCUCACCAGCACAGACCCGGAUACAAAUGUGCCUUUGCCCACCACAGUAGUGGCCAAACCUUACGAUUGGACAUACACUACUGUUUACUCUGGUCACCAUCCUGGCGUCGAAACGGAACCUUCAGAGACUUCAUCAUCGGUAUCUUG